AGAAUAGUCAGUUACCAUGUUAAUUUAAUAAGAAAAUUGCUUCUCUGCAUAAUUACUUAAAUUACUGACAUAUUUAGUUACCAAGUAGUCUAUAACCAGCUCCUCAUUUCUUCAUUGGCUUUGUGAAUGCUGUUGACUUAUUGGUAGAGGGUUCUCUCCCUAAGUUUAUAAUAUUCAUAACAGCAGAAAUAGUAGAGCUGGAGGAGGGCAUAUUUUAUUAUUGCAACAAUAUCAAAUAUCAUAAACUAGAAAUUAUUGUAUUAUUCUGUCAGCAUGCCUUAUUAUGGAGUGAAUUUCGAAUAUGUAUAUUUUCAGAGAUAGCAGGAUUUUAUAUCAUUUGCAACUGAUAUUUAAUGGAUAUUCAAACGCUUCAGAUUUUGUUAUUUUUAUUUUCAGUUACUUCAGAACAGUUCAUUUGUUGUGCCAAGACAGACAACAUUUCAGAAAUUUAUUAAGUAGAAGAGAUAACUUAAUUUAACAGUGUUUCUAAAAAUGGGAGGGGGGAAACAGUAUUUCAUAAAUUCGUCUUUUUUUCAUUCUUUAUCUGUUUAUGUUUGUUUUCAUAGAUAUUGUACUCGUAUGUUUUAAUUCGUUUAAGCUUUUAUUCUCCAAUUUUCUUAAUGCUAAAUUUUAAUUUCAUUGCAUAAUUUUUUAAAUUGCAUCAAAAGAUUACAGCAAGGCAAGAAAAAAUUGAAUCUGUAACUUUUAAUUUUUGUUUUUCAUUAUUAAGAUAGUCAAAAGGGAUUAGCAACUAUAAAAUGACUAUCCAGUGGACAGUUAUAGCAACAUUCUUAUAUUUAGAACUUUUAUUUAUAUUCCUUUUGUUACUGCCAUUUAUAUCACCAAAAAUAUGGAAAUAUAUUUUUCACUCCCGCAUUUUCAGAGUGAUUGCAUCAAAAGCAAAUAUGUAUUUCACUAUAUUUAUCAUUGUGCUCAUACUGUUCUUUUUAGAUUCUGUUCGAGAAAUGAUGAAAUAUUCUCACAAAUCUACAAAAGAUUAUGAAGCAGAACUUCAAAUCAAUAUGAAACUAUUUCGGUCACAAAGGAAUUAUUAUAUAUCUGGGUUUACUGUUUUCUUAUGGCUAGUAAUAAGAAGACUUAUUGUGCUAAUACUGGAAGAAGCAGAGCUUCUUGAUGAGAAUGAAACUGCCAUGAAAAGAGCUCAAAGUGCAACAGAAACUUUUCAAAAACUUCAAAGAAAAGAAGAAAACAAAGUCCGCCUAAUCCAUUCAUUAAAUGUUCAAAGUGGUGAAGAAAUAGAAUUUCUUAAUAAAGAGCUUAAAGAAAAAAAGUGCAAAUUGAAUUCUGCAGAAAAGGAUAUUGAAGAUAUUAAAUCUCGUAUUGAAUUUACUACAGAAGAAUACAAAACCAUGCUCCUAGAGUACAACAAAUUAAAUACAGAUAUUGAAAGUGAACAUUCUUCACUGUAAAAAGAAGAAUGAAAUAUCUGAGUGCUUCAGAAGCUGUUUAUUAAUUAUAUUUUGUGUGUAUAUUUUUUGUUGAUUCAGCUGUUUGUCUUACUUUUUUCUUCAAAAUACAGCCAUCCCAUGCUUUUCAUAGAUAAUAGAUAUUAUUUUAUAUAGCUAAAUUCAAAAUUACUAUUUUGUGGCAUUUGCAUUGAAUUUUGCAGUUUAUGCGAGUUCCUAUAACUUGAAUAAUACAUUUAUCUCUGUUUAAAAAGAUACUCUUUUAACAAUUCUCUUUAUAUGAACUAUAGAAAUGUUGAAUAGUAUGUAUCUUCAUAAUUGUUAUUUAAUUAAAAAAGAUUACAGAUUCUAUCUAAAUUAAGAUGAAAAUUUAACCAGCACUGCAUUUAAAUACACAAAAUGAAACAUGAAAUUUAACUAUCAUAUUUAUGAGAGCUGUUAUAUUAAAGUGGUAUUAUUUACGAUGGCUAAUGUUGCUUUAGAUAAAAUAAUCCAGUUAAUAAAUAUUAAUAGCUCCUAUGUAAUUAAAAUUUAAAACUGAUAUAAUUAAAAAAUUGUUGGUAUUAUGGCAACCAUCUUAGUAAAUUGGUAAAGUAUGUUUUCUUUUCAUAUGUUGAUAAUGUUUACUAUUUUACGAUAAAGAACAAUAGUUUGGGAAUCUUUCUAACAAACAGGAGCAAAAACCACCAACUUGCACACAAUAAGUAACUUUUGUCUUGCACACAGUAAGUAACUUUGCACACUUAUGUCUUUUCAUCUGCAAAAUUUGCCAAAUUGUUGUUACAAAGUACCAAUUUUUUUUGUAUGGUUUGAUUAGUUUAGAAAUUUUAAAAUAACUUAGGAACUGUCAGAAUAAUUUCCAAAAUUAAGAUAGAAAUAUAAGACAAGGCUGUUUAAAAUGAAAAUUUUGCAUUAUGAAAAAAAAGUCCCAUAUUUUUUAUUCUGAUAAGAAGACUAAUAUUUUUAAAAUGAAUUCAGGUUUACUUUGUAAGAUGAAACAUUGUCAAAUAGCUUGUUUAUCAUUAAUUCAGCCAAUCGCUCGUAAAAGACGAAACAUGUAUUGUUUAUUCUAGGAUGAGGGAUUAUUUUUAAUUUUCUGUAAUACUUGUUUAAAAAAAAAAAUUGGUUAUUUCGGAUUGUUGUGCUGCGUUCUUUAGUUUGAUUGUGUUAGCUUUCUUUUACUUUUAAAAGGCUGCAGAAAUAUAAAUUAAAUUGCUGCAUUAACAUUAUUCAUUUGUUUGGGAGGAUUUCUGUCUUAAUUUCAUAAAAAGUAGUUAUAUCAGCAUGCUUUAUAAUUUAUGCAAAUGUCUAAUAUGUCAUGAAUUUUCCCCCUUGCAUUAUUAGAUUUAUGCAUAUGUAAAAAUAAAGUUUUGUAAUCUUUGUUUUAUACUUUUAGAUUUAUAUUUUAAAUAAUCACAGGUGCACUAUAAUUCUUAAAAAACACUAUCAUUUUUUAUUGUAAUGUUUUUUAAUAGCUAAUCUGAGCAAUUAUAGAACACUACACAAUAUGAUAAAAAUUCUAAAAUAUUUUUUGUAAUAUAAUGCAUUUUGUGGUACAAGGUAUCUAAACUGCAUUAUGAAUGACUCACAUCUAUAAUCAUUUAUUAAUAUUGUAAUAAUUUGCAAUGGAGCAUUAAUAAUAAAAUUUUAUAUUGAAAAGCUUAGACAGAUUAACUCUUUUUAUUUACGUCUUUGAAACUUUAUUAUCCUUCACUUUUCUAUUCUUAUCACAUUGAAAAAUAGCUCACAGUGUAUGAAAAGUAUAUGUAAAAUUAUAAUUGAUUGCUUUUGUAUUGAAUAUAUUAUGUGUAAAUAUUUGCUGCUGGAUUUUAUUUUCAUACUGAUUCUGAUAGAUAACUGAAAUGAAACUGGAUAAAAAGAUAAGAUCUUAAGUACUUUUAUAUAUAUUCCCAUUGACCAUAAAAUUUGGCAGAAAUUCUGUCAAUCAUUCCAUUUAAACUUUGGAUGGACAGAUUACCUUUUUAUUUAAUUAGAUAAUCACAGAUCCCCAUUCUAGAUAAUCUACAGAUAUAGCAUAUAAAAAACUUAAAUAAAUAUGAAUCCAAACUAAGAUAAACAAAUUCAUUAAAUUUAAGCCAGUCGUUCCAGGUCCAAAAAUCUUUUAACUGCGUAUAAAAUAUAGCAGUAAAAUAGCCAUCUUUUUCACUAACUUGUCACUACAUAAAUUUGAAUGGUGUGCAGUAUUUUUUAUUGUACUAUUUUUCUUAAUUUCAGAAUCUUUUAAUGUUUUGAGUAUGCACAUGAAAUAUAACUACUUUCUUAACUUAUGCAUAAACAUAUUACUGUUUACCGUUCUUUUGAAGGCAGGUCAAAAAUUGUAAAAACUUUUUUCAAACAAAACAACAACCCCCCCCCCCCCCCCCCCGAAAAAAAAAAAAAAAACAGAAACAGUAGUUAACUUACAUUUUUCUUACAAAACUAAACUGGUUAUUGCGGACUUGGGGUACACAAAAUUCAAACAAAUAUCGUAUGAGUGCGUUGCAAUGUCUUGCUUGUCCAUCACUGGCUCUAAAUUGCACUGUCUUAACAAGUGAAUGAACAAUUGAAUGUAACUUAAGUGUUUUUGUUAAAAAUGGUCAAGAAAAUAAUUUUGUCAUUUCUAUACUCUUGAUUAAUGUAUUUUUUAGUGCCAAAAUGGACUGACACUUAUUCAGUAGCAUUUUAAUGGAAUCUGUAAACAUUUAAAUCAAAAUGCCAGACUAUUUUAGUGGUCUAAUUUUCUGAUGUUGUUUAAAGUUGGAGCUUACUUACAUGUUUUCAUAAUUUGUUAUAUAAUAUUCAUAUAUUUUUAAUGGAUUAUUAUUUUCGAAUGCUGAUUUUGUCUGCUGUAUGUCAUUGAAAUAUAACAUUCUGUUUUUAAAUAUAAAUUUGCUUUUAUUUAAUUUAUUGAAAUUGAUUUAAGUGAAAUGCUAUUUUCAUGAUUUUUAUUCUUUUAAUGUUUUUUAAAGUGUAUAGAAUUCAGUUAUGUUAAGGAAUAAUUGAAAGUUUGAUUGAUAUUAUGUAGCUGCUAUUUUGUAUCUUUUGAGAUACGUGAUAUCAAUAAAUAUUGCAUUAAAGUGCAUAAUUUUCUAUA